AUGCUCCUCUGGGCGCUGCUGCUCACACUCACCGCCCAGGGCGCCGGGGCAGGAGAGCCUCCAGAGCUGCCCUCCAUGCCCCCCUGGGGUAGGUGUCCUUCUCCGGAGCUGCAGGCCCAGCAGUGGCCACAUGUGAAUGUCACCACCCCAAUCUGGGACAACCCCGUCUGCACGAAGAGCGUGGUGGUGACUAGGGGGGCACGGGCCGAGAUGACCUGCAACAGCUGCAACCCCAUCCGCAAAGUCAUGGUCUGCCUGCGGGCCCCCGGCCGGGAAGUCUGCCAGCCCAUCUUCACCCAGGCCACCCCGGGGUGCUCUUCCCGGGACGGGUGGCGGCUCUGUGUGCAGGGAUGCUCAGCGAAGAUGGUGACAGAAGAAGCCCAGGACAGCCAGGCUGGGCGUUACAGUUGGAUUCUCCUGGGGCGCCAGAGAGAGCUAAAAUCCACCACCCUGAACGUUUCAGAGCCUCCAGAGCUGCCUUCCACGCCCUUCUGGGGGACCCAGGACCCCCUCCUGGCCCAGGACCCCCUCCCGGCCCAGGACCUGCGCUCGGCCCAGGACCCGCCCCCGGGGCGGCUGCACGUGGCCCUCAUCCUGGUCCCCAUGCUGCUCUGCGUCCUGGCACUGGGAGGCCUGCAGUUCUGGCGCAGGAGCCGUGGGCGCCCCCCGCACGUUCAGUUCCUGUGAGGAGGCGGUGCCCAUCCGGAAGGUGAGCAGGCCCACCUGGCCCUGGAAUCCAGCCCCUGAAGCCACACACCCCCAAGCUGCCGACACCCCAGCAGCGGAGCCUCCUUGCGCCCCUGCCCCCAGCUGGUGGACGGAUGCCUGAGGUGCCCAGGGAGGCAGGACCCAUCGGUCGGCUGGCAGGAGACCUGGCCGUGCGCAGGGGCCUCCAGCGAGGGAGCUCCGUGUCCCACCCAGGACGGUCCCUCUGGAGAGCAGGCCUGUUGGUCACUCACAGCAGAGCCAGGGGCCAGCCCUGCUCCCCCUCCCUCUCGGCUCCUCCCCCAUCGAAAAUGUAAACACCUCAAGCUCCAAAGCCCUUGCCCUAAGGAGACCAGCCCCUCCUGCACCCCCCUUCCUGGGCUGGGGAGGGGGCUCCCGGGGACCAGCUGUGCCUCCAACACGCUCCAGGCUGGUCUGCA